GGAGUUGGCAUGCACCAUCGUCCCUGAAAUUUUCAAAUAGAUUUCACGAGGAUGGGACUGAAUUCACAUUAUUAAAAGCAUUGCAAACUUUUCCAAAAACAAAGACUGGAUAUUAGAGCCUCUCUCUUUGCCGGAGCCGAUUAGUAAUGCUGUUCAAGUCUCAACCUCCUUGCUGCUGCCUUGCAUAUUUUGUGAAGAAUGUUACCCUGCAGAAGAGAAGGAAUACUUACUCAGGCACAUGAUUCUUGAACACACACUGGUGAUAUCUGAUGUGAAACUGAUUGCAGAUUUUAGAAGAUACAUCUUGUAUUGGAAAAAAAGAUUUACUGAGCAACCAGUGACGGACUUUUGUAGUGUAAUAAGAACCAACUCCCAACGUCCUGAGGAGGAACAAGCAGACUACUACCUUCUGUGCGAUGUUUUACCUGAAGACCGAGUACUUCGAGAGCAGCUUCAGCAGAAAAGACUUGAAGAAGUAUUGGAACAGCAACAGGUGGAAAGGAAUGACAACAGUUUUUAUCGUAUCUGUAUGUUUUGUAAUGAAGAAUUUGCAGGAAACAGAGCGGUUCUCUUUAAUCAUAUGGCCAAAGAUCAUGCUUUCAACGUGGGUCUUCCAGACAAUAUUGUGUACUGCAAUGAGUUUCUGGAUUUGGUGCAGAAAAAAAUGGAUAAUUUGCAGUGUCUGUAUUGUGAGAAAACAUUUCGGGACAAACAUACGCUCAGAGACCAUAUGAGGAAAAAGCAGCACCGUAGAAUCAAUGCCAAAAAUCAGGAGUACGACAGAUUUUACACCAUCAACUAUCUGGAGUUUGGGAAGAACUGGGAGGAAGUUCAGUCUGAAGAUGACCGUGAAAUCAUUGAAGAGCUGGAUGAUGAUUGGUCUGAUUGGCAAGGCAACCCAAUGUGUGCUGUUUGUCUUUUCUGCGAAAAAGCAAAAGAUUCAACUGAAAAACUACACCUUCACAUGAAGACAGAACAUCAUUUUGACCUUCUCAAAUUGAAGUCUGAAAUGGGAUUAAACUUCUACCAGCAGGUCAAAUUAGUAAACUUUAUAAGAAGAGAGAUUCACCAACGCCGAUGCAGCAGGUGUGGAGAAGCAUUCAACUCAAAAACAGAAGUUGUAGAUCACAUGACGGAAACAGACCAUAUUAUGUCACUGCUUGAUAAAUCUGCCUGGGAUCAACCUCAGUAUUACUUUCCUACAUAUGAAAAUGAUGCUCUGCUUUGCUCUUUAUCUGACUGCGAGAAUGAAACUACAGCUGACAACCAAACAACAGACAUUCCUGUUGUUGCAGAAGACAUCUCGAAUUUGCAAACGCUAAAGCAAAGCAGUAUUCUAAAUCGACUGCAGCACCAGGAGCCAGCAAUCGCCCUCUCUCAUCCAGCAAAUUAAAAAGUCACCAUUUUUAUGAAUUAUACCAAUGGCAGAUGCGUUAGCUAUCUGGCUCAAGUUUUUACAUAAGUUUGUCUACAUGUACUAUCAGAAGAUGGAAUGCAAGAAUCAAUGAACAGAUUUUUAAAAAUAUGUGUAUAAGGGGAAGAAGUCAGUCAUGUGAAAAGCCACCAAUAGGAAAAACAGCAGUGUUCAGACCAUUUGGUUAAUACUUUUCACGUUAUUUAAUGUUUUGGAGAAUUAAAGAUUUUAAAACUAAAAUUUUUUAUUAUCCAGAUUAAAACAUCACAAAAGACUAUAAACUGAAAACCACAGGUUUUUUUUUACAAAUUACAAUCACCACUGACUUGAGUUAAUCAAAAAAACAAACUUUAAAAUAUCAAUAGUUCCUCAAAGUGCGGUUCUUGAAACUUGGAAGAAAAAUCUCAUAAACGUUGCAAUUCCCACAAAUUUCAUAAGCCAUUAUCUGGCAUCUAAUUCCCCCUUUAUAUUAGAAGAAUAAAACCUGUUCCCAAUAAUUGUGCAGGCUCAGCCAUGUUCCUUGAUGUGGCGGCCAGGCCCAGGUGUCAAGCUCCCUGCUUUUCCACUUGUUAAAAUUUCUAUCAAAGCCACUUGGAGUUUAAAAAAAAACUUCUAAAUUGACAUCAUUAAGUAAGAUUCUCAUAUAUCUGAGAAUGAUAUAAUCUAAACUCACAUCUGUAGAGGGAGACCAAAAUCUGUUCAGCUUCCUCAUUAUUUCUAUGGGGAUCUGAACUUCAAGCUUGGGAAGUCCCAGUCUAUUGUCCCUCACUAUUGAACAUGAUAUGUUAAUGCAUAUGGGGAGGAUUAAAAUAAUCCCGAAUGACCCCAUGUAAUUUAACUAAAAUAUUUUGUGUCACUUAAAAUCAUUCUGUUCAUGCAGGCAAUCUUUAGGGAAAACUCACUGCCGUGCUUGAAGUGGUGGAAGGAUUCUAUUCCCUGCAUUCUCAUGUCAAUCCUAUCCUGGCCAGCCCUGUAAUACUUUUCCUCGUGCAUUUUACCUAAUGACAAGUUAUCAUACUUAGCAUCCUAACCACUUCUACUACAUAUUUAAGGUAGUAUUCUGUCCUUUAAUAUCAGUGCACCUGCAUAUCUUCUCUUAAAAGCUUUGUGAAAAACAUUAAAUGCAACCAGUCCUUCUCUACCCAUUGCAGCUAAGCUUCCUGAUGGAACAUGCAAUUCUAAUCUCAUUUAAGACCAUCAAACAUAAGAGCAGAAUUGGGUCAGUCAGUCUAAUUUGUCUGCUCCGCCAUUCCAUUAUGGCUGAUUCAUUAUCCCUCUCAACUCCAUUCUCCUGCCUUCUCCCCGUAACCUUUGAAUGCCUUGACUUACCAAGAACUUACCAACCCCCAUUUUAAAUAUCCUUAAUGACCUGGCUUCAAAAGCCGUAUGUGACAAUGAAUUCUACAGAUUCACCACACUCUGGCUAAAGAAAUUCCAUUUCAUUUCUGUUCAAAAUGGAUGUCUCUCUGUUCUAAGGCUGUGCCCUCCGGUCCUAGACUCGACCUCUGUAGGAAACAUUCUCUCCACAUCUACUCUAGGCCUUCCAUUAUUCAAUAGGUUUCAAUGAGAUCCUCCCUCAUUCUUCUAAACUUCAGUGAGAAUGGGCCCAGAGGCAUCAAACACUCCUUGUGCAUUAACCCUUUCAUUCCUGGAAUUAUUUUCAUUAAACUCUUCUGGACCCCCUCUAAUGCUAGCAUACCUUCUCUUAGAUAAGAGGCUCAAAAAUGCUCACACAAUACUCCCAAGUGUGGUCUGAUCAAUGCCACAUAAAGCUUCAGCAUCACAUCUUUGCUCUUGUAUUCUAGUCCUCUCAAAAUGAAUACAAACAUUGCAUUUGCCUUACUUAUCACCAACUCAACCUGCAACAUAACCUUUAGGGAAUUCAGCACAAGAUCUCCCAAGUCCCCUUGCACCUUGGAUUUUCGUAUUUUCUCUCCGUUUAGAAAGUAGUCUACACCUUCAUUCUUUCCAGCAGGGUGUAUGACCAUACACUUCCCUUCACUAUAUUCCAUCUGCCACUUUUUUGCCCAUUCUACCGAUUUUCUAAGUCCUCCUGCAGCUUCCCUGUUUACUCAACACUACCCACCCUUCCACCUCUCAUUGCGUUGUUUGCAAACUUGGCUACAAAACCAUCAAUUCAUCUAAAUCAUUGGCAUAUCAUGUGAAAAGAAGCGGUUGCAAUGCACCUUUUUCCAGUUUAAGAUCAGAACUAACAGAAGGAUAGGACUUAAAAUAAGUUGUCCAAAACUUGGUUCUAAAAUGUGAGAAUGUAAAAUAGGCUCAUUAAGACUAGAAUCUAAAACAGGAAAUUUUCAAAUUUAAAUUACUGCUUCUUUCAGCUGUUUACUUUAUACUAGAACAUAUUCCUAAAGUAACAGAAAAUCUGCUAGACAAACUCUGCAGGUUGAGCAGUAAUUGUUUGAAAAAAAAGGAAAUGUCAAUGUUAUGAGUCAAAACCUUGUUUCAUGACUAUGACUAUAAACUGUUUAAACUAUAAAUUCAGCCUAUAAACUUUGACUAUAAUACAUAAACAUUAACUAUAGACUUUAAACAGCUGCUUGAAUUAAGUAGGGUUACAUUAAACAAUAGAAUGCUACCUUAAAUUUUUAUAGGUUCUUUUAAUGAGGUUAAUUCAACCUCUAAUCUCAUUUUGAAAUUACUGCUUAGCACACCUGUAUAAAUUCUUAUCUGCUGGUUUUAUACUUGACGCAUUCACAAGAAAACGAGUAAAAAUGCAGUGUAACGUUUUACAUGAGUGUUCUGAAAUAGCAGAGAGGAAGUUAAAGUCAUUGUUCCUGAAGGGUUAAUCAGUACUACAUUUUAAGAUGGAUAUCUAUUGUAAUAAGAAUAGUAUUGUCAUUUUUUAUUGCAGUCGGAAGAGUGCUCAAAUUGUGUUGCUUGACACCCUGAGUUAUAUUGUGGCAUUCUGUAAUGGAAACGAGAAAUAAUUACGUAAUGGGAAUAUUAUCGCAAGGUGUGAAUUGACCACUGAAAGAUUUGGUAAAAGUAAAUACUGUAAGUCCUAUAAUGUUAUAUUUUAUAUAUUUGUCUCCUAGUCUGAGAUAAUUGAGUUUAAAAUGUUGCUUUUGUCAUCAUUGAAAUAUUCUUACUACAAUUUCAAAAAUGUGGUAUUAAAAAGACAAUGAAUUUUU